AUGGUGCUGCCACUGCCCAAACUCAUCCAGGCGAAUGAAGGAAGAAUAUUAUACCAUGUUACAAAUCACCCAAUAAGGACAGUUAAAAAAAAAAUCGAAAAUUUCUUCAAAUACGAAUCUUUGGAUAACCUAAACAGUGACGUCAGUGUGAGGCAAAACUUUGAUGAGCUUUUCGUGCCGCUCACACACCCCGCUAGGAGCAUAAAAGAUACAUUUUACUUAAGUGAAAAUUACGUAAAACAUUUUUCGACUCUCCAUAAUGAUGUAUACACUCCUCUAGAGAAUACCAAUGGCAUUUAUAAAUACUACUUAGCCACCAAAUUGGUGGGCCAUCAGAACGUCCUGCUGAAAAGGACUCAUAUGACUGCACAUUUACCUGACCUGUUAAGGCGAAAUUACAAAAAUGUUAUCUACACGGGAAAUGUCUACAGAAGGGACGAAAUUGAUAGAUUUCACUUUCCCAUUUUCCAUCAGACUGAUGGGUUUUUGAUCCGCCCCGACAACUUUGACGUCGAAACGGAUUUGAAGAGAAACCUUCAACAAUUGAUUCGAUACUUGUUUGCUUCUUCUGACAUACCGAUGAAAUGGGAAGAUAACACGUCCUUUCCGUUUACCAACCCUUCGUUCGAGCUGUACAUCCGAGGGGCAUCGUCAGGAGGAACUGGCACGACUCGAGAUGACAACAGGGAUGCUUGUGUAGGCACCUCAGAUGGGGACCCUCCCGGUGGAGAACUCCGCUGGGUGGAGGUCCUCGGGUGCGGGAAAAUCAAAAAGGAAGUCAUCGCCAUGGCCCUGCACGCGGAAGAUAUAUGCCAAAUAAUAGAGGACGAGAUUGCCUGCCAUGAUAGGGGCCUCCUGAUCCAGCUCCAAUCGAUUGAGACGGCCGCGAUUGAUGCUGCAGAGAGUGAGGGCACCAUCAAUGAGGCCGCCGCGACUGAGGAUACCCAGAAGGAUAUCCUGGACAAGCUCUGCAGCACCCCCCUCAACAACCGAAUUGAUGCUCAAAUGAACAAAUUCUUAAAAACGAUUAGGUACCAAGGAUGGGCCUUCGGAAUCGGACUUGAGCGACUAGCCAUGCUGCUCUACCACAUCCACGACAUACGUCUUUUUUGGAGUAACGACAGCAGAUUCAUAGAUCAGUUUGAGGAAGAUGUAAUAACCACAUUCCACCCCUUCAGUAAUUUCCCUCCUGUCGAAAAAGACAUCUCCUUUUAUGUCACCAGUCAAUUUAAAGAAAAUCUAUUCUUUCAAAUUUGCAGAGAUAUAGCUAGCGAAAAUAUCGAGCAAGUAAAAAAAAUAGAUUCUUACCACAACCCCAGGAACAAUCAAACGAGUGUCUGCUAUAGAAUAACUUACCGGUCCCAUAGUCAGAACCUUACCCAUAGGGCUGUAAAUGAGCUGCAAAGUAAAAUUGUCCAAAUGUUGGUGAAGAAGUGUGCAGUGACCAUCCGGUAA